AUGACCGCCGAAGCUCAAUCCGAGUUUCAACCGCAACAACAACUGGCUGGAGAGAACGUUAACAAUAAUCAAAAUGUGCAACAACUCAAGUAUCUUCAAUUCGUGCAAUUCGCAACGAUCCACGCCUUGAAGCGAUGCGCGAUCCUCUAUUCCUACGCGAAAGAACGAUCCGGUCCACUACAAACCAGCGUCGACACCGUUGAAGAAGCCGUGAAAACCGUCAUCGGUCCAGUCUACGACAAAUUCCACCAAGUCCCCGUGGAGCUUCUCAAAUACGUCGAUCGCAAGGUCGAUGAAUCCGUUUCUGAACUGGAUCGUCAUGUUCCUACCAACGUCAAGAAGGUUUCGACUCAAGCUAGAUCUGUUGUGACCGAAGUCCACCGUGCCGGAGUGGUUGAAUCGGCUUCUGGAUUGGCCAAAACUGUUUACUCGAAGUAUGAGCCAAAGGCGAAGGUGUACGCCGCGAGAGAGGAAAGGAAACAAGAAUCUGAACCUUUUCUCUAA